CAGAUGUAAAAUUUGCUCCGGCUUAUUUAGCCGGUCAAACUAUUCCAGUUGCCGAAAAAUGUUUUUUUUUUACAUUGAAAAAAUGGUACACUAAAAUCAACUAAAACAAUGAACCAUGGCGCUUUAUGGCGCCUUUUAGAUCAAUGUAUAUUUUAAUCGUUUUUUGUGAACAACCAUCAAAAAUCGACACUCUUGAUAAAACUCAAAAAUUACUUCAUUACUCAAUAGUCUCUUAAAUCAUAAAAAGCAAAGUUAUCAAUUUUCUAUUCUCAAUAAAUUUCAAGAGUGACGUUUACUAUCAACGCGUUUUUCGCUGAUUACUUUUUUCUAAUUUGUAUCAAAUGUGAUCAUUUAAAAACUCAAAUCUGCUCAGCCUCUAUCGUAAUGUUUAAUCAGCAUUUGCAUUAUCAUCACAUUACGGCUUUAAAUAGUACCAUAUCAAUCAAAUGGUCUCACUAAAAUGGACUUCAGAAUUUGCGGCUAGGUUUCUUAUUGUAGCCGACUUUUGAAGCUGAUUCUUUGCACACCUCUUUAAGUCGAGGAGAAUAAGGCUGGUAAUUAAUAGCCUUUUCUUUACUCUUGAAUUUCGAGCAAAUUGUGGUUUUACACGCUAUUUUAUAGCGAAGUUUGAAAUUUAUUUCAAGCCUCAUUGCUUUUUCGCCUUCAAUUUCUUCAAAUGUGCUUGGCGAAACAUACGUCCACUACCUCUACGGGUUGCCAAAAUCAAAUUAUUGAUUAACUUUUGCGUAUUGUAUUUUAUGACUGGUUGUGUUAAUUUGGGCGAAAACGGAAUUUUUGCGGUGAAGCUGACUUAAUUAUAUCUUAUCCGCCAUUUUGGUCAAAAAACUUUUGUCCAUUUAGUUAACUCAUUGAUACACACUCGCACCAUGCCUGAUGUAGAUUGACAAUACCAGUGCAUCAAUUAUGAAGUGGAAUUGUUUAAUCCCUCCGAGACUCGUCGGCAGGUUCAGUAGGUCGAAACAAGAGGCGGCCGAAAGAAAGAGGCUUGGACAAGACAAUGUUCAUUAUCAUCAUCUAUCAGAGAAGGUUGACAGCAGGGAAAAUAGGCAUUCCUCGCAGGUCCCUUCCAAAGAAGACUCCGCUACAUUCAAAACUAAAAAAUCUCAUCGACUGUGUGACAGACAGCACCGAUCGGGCAGGGGUGAUGACGUCGAACAAAACACCUGUCUCAUAACCACGCCCACUCGCAAAUGUGGGGAAGAAGACUACGAUAAACAUAAAUUAUUAAACGGAAGCAAACAACAUUGCUGCAGCUGUUCUUGUAAUGGUACAACUACCGACAUACCUACAACGCCAAGAUACAAAAAUUCACAACUUGUACCUCAAUCCGAUGAGAACUCAAACCCAAUUACGAAUCCUCAACCGCCUUGCUCGUACCAACGAAGCCAGCAUGACUACACCUACCACCGCUGUGACUCCUCGAACAUACCUUGUUCACAUCACGUGGGUCAUCCAGGUAGUUUCGGAGGAACUCCUCAUGAGUUUUUGACUGCGGCGACGGCGGGUAGCCCCUUGGGAAUGCCGGUGGGUGUGGUUGCGGUGGAGCGUAGCGUGUGGCGGGAGAUGGAGAGCGAGUUGGUGCAGAUGAGGACUCUUUGCCACGCCCUUCAAGUUCAUAUUUCGACCACGCAGACAUUCUCACAAGACGCCAGUACCCAAACUAUCACCCACGAAACAACAUCGGCCAAAGAAACCCACACAACAAGAGGAACUAAUCAAGUUAAUGAGGAAUUGUCUUCGGUCAAUGUCAACCUCAUUACCCAAUCAGAAUUACAAAAGAAUUACCGAGAAGACGGCGAGAGCGACCUACGCUCUGCCAUCCAAUCCAAUGCAUCCAGCGGCUGCACGUCGCCCAAUGUUUUUCACACCCCUAAUUCUAAUAAUAUUUUAACGCCGAUCGGCAAUUUUGCUACACAAAGAAACUAAAUAUUGAAUAAAGCUUUAUUUUUUG